ACUCCACCGGAAGCUCCCGGCCAGGCCGCCGGUAGGAGGUGGUGGAGGCGGUGCCGAGGUUGGCUGCCCUGCACCCCUGCCCCAGGACCGCAGGGUGGCUCCCUGGCCCCCUUCCUCGCCCCGAACGCCCCUCUCCAGCUCCCGCUCGCUGAGGCGGGGACUCCCCGGGCGCAACCGGGGACCUGGCACCUCGGCUGCAGAGCCCGCCCCUGGACUCACUGCCCCCAGCCCAGCCGCGGGCGCCCCGGCCCCCCAGGGGCUCAUUCCUCUUUCCGCGGGCACCGGCGCUGCCUGGCUCCCAGCGCUGAGCUCGCAACUGGAUAUGUCGAGGUGGCGACGCGACACUCCCCCGCCCUCGGGCGGGCUCACGGACCGGGUUCAGGGCUCAGCCUGCAGAGCCGGGCGGCGGGGGCUGUGCUGGCGCCGGCAGGCGCGAGGAAUCACAGAGCGGGGCGCCCAGCCUCAUCAUGGGGCGGCCCACGGAGACUUCCCAUGGGAGUGGGGUCUGGUGCAGGGGCGCCCCGAAGGACGAGUGGGAGAUGGGGACACGCGGCGCAGAGAGACUCCUCGUGGAUGGAGCCGAUGGAGGCCCAGUGUGGAAGAGAAAGGGGUCAAGGAGACGGAUAAGGAGCCACCAGAGACGCGGGGGGAAUUCCCCGCAGAGGAUGCGGGAAGCCGGGGAAAGGAAGGGAUUCCGGAAGGAAGGGCUGAGAGCCGGGUCAGGUGCUGGCAGGAGGACUGGUUGGAUAGAAACUGGGGCGGGCCCAGGGCAUUUGGCGUCCCCGACAUGCAUAUACACUUGGAGAGAUGAUUUCCUGGAGAUCCAAGUGCCUGUAUAGACAAUCUUUUCUAGAAGUUCUACCGUUAAGUGAGGAGAGAGUAGAUGUAGAAAUUGGAGACGAGAAUAAAGAGUGUUUCAAAAGCGUGCGUGGUUACAGGACUGGCUCUGGGUUCAGGAGUCCCCACUCACUAGCUGUGAGACCUUAAGCAAGUCGCUUAGCCUCUCUGUGCCUCAGUUUUCUCAUCUGUAAGUGGGGGAUGAUGAUGGCAAUACCUGCUUCACAGAGUGAAAAUUAGAUGAGAUGAUGUCUGUAAAAUUACGUAAGACAAUACCCAAAAGUAGUACUAUUUUUCCCUUUUCUUAUUAGAGCAGCUUGGGCACAUUUUGAUGUCCGUGGGAAUGAGCAGGUAGAGAGGGUGGUAUUGAGGCCGGAGGGGAGAGAAGUCUUGGGUGCCUGUUUUAUCCCAAACCAGGCGAAGGAGGGAACAGGUAGGGCUGCAGGAAAGUUUGCAGGUAUGGGGUACACAGUUAAAAGGGAGUGUCUUCUGAUAGUCUUGAUGCAGGCCUGGAGGUCGUUUGUUAUGGGGGUGGAGGUCCUGAUGUACACCGUGGCCGUAAGAUGCCGUGCUGUCUUUGCCACCAGCCUGUGGCAGCCCUGGUGUUACACCAGGGCAGGUGGGCAGUUUAAUGUAUCUCAGGUCAGAUGACCUGCCCUGCCCACCUGUUGAGGCUCCAGUAGAUAGACAUGAAAACACAGUAUAAGCAUAAUGCACCACUUGAAUCCUUUUCUCUGAGGAGCUGGAAGGCCUGUAGUCACCAUCUGAGCCAAAUGUCAUUCAAGUACUUCACUUGGGUUACACACCACACUUUGACCCACAAUCUCAUUUAGUCAUCACAACAAUUGGGUGAAAUAGGUAUUAUUGUCCCAUUUUACAGAUGCAGAAUCUGAGUUUCAGGGAAGUUAAGGACUUUGUCCCAGGGCCCACAGUUAGUAAGUGGUGGACCCAGGAUUUCAACUGAGCUCUGUCUGACCUCAAAACCCAUGAUCUGAAACCACUGUGAAAGUUUGCAAAACCUCUGUAGCAGCUGAGCAGGAUGGAAAGAUGUGUAGGGAUCGUCUUCUCCAUUUGAUAGAUGAGGCAAGAGCUGGGUACUCUGAUCUCCAUCCCAAGCACACAGAGCUUGGGGCCCCACAGCUCUGGUGUGAUUCCCACUCCACUACCAGAGGCUGUGUGACUUUGGACCAGGCAUCUUGCUUCUCUGACCCUAUAUACAGCUGCAGAAGAAUUCCUUGCAGGUUGUUGUAAGGAUUUGGAGGGAAACUGUUGCUCAGCACACAGUACACAUGCCAGGAGCCAUCGUUUCCACAGUGCACUUUUCCUGCGAACGUGGAUCUACAUCCCACUUGGCUGCUGAGACCAGCUGCUGUGAUCUUGUAUUUGUUUAGCGCUUUGUUCUCCUUGAGGCAGCCAAGUGGUGGCACCUGACCGGAGCAUGUAGCCACCUAUGACUUCCUGAGUGGGGUGGUGCAGGGAGGGCCCUGAGGAGUCUGUGGUCCUAGGCCUUGGAUUUCAUCAGGGCUUUCCUGCUCCUUCUGGUUGCCUCAGUCCCAGGCAAGAUAGGGUCCCAGAAUCUUAUAGCUCAGAGGCCACCUGUUGCAACUUCUUUUUUACAGAUGGAGUCAUCAGAACCCACUGUGAGGAAGUGACUUCUCCUUGAGGUCACCCAGACACUCAGAGCAGAGCAAAAGCGCCUAGAACUUGAAAUUUUGGACCUGCCUCCAACACCCUGGGGAUUUCCACCAGGAAGCCUUCAGUCACCAUCCAGGGGAUUUUUAUCGCCACAAAGGGUAAUUCCUGCUCCAUCCCUGCUGUGACUCAGCUGUGACGUUGAACCACACAAGCCAGAGAGAAGAAGAUAAAGUCAUCAGAGCUCCUACUCACCAGAGAGUGAGGCCCAGGCUAGGACUCCACAAGGCUAGUCCCCUGCCCUGGAGCAACUUAAACAGGCCCUCUGGCCAGCCUGGAACCCUGAGAUGGCCUCCAGCUCAGGCAGCAGCCCUCGCCCGGCCCCUGAUGAGAAUGAGUUUCCCUUUGGGUGCCCUCCCACCGUCUGCCAGGACCCAAAGGAGCCCAGGGCUCUCUGCUGUACAGGCUGUCUCUCUGAGAACCCGAGGAACGGCGAGGAUCAGAUCUGCUCCAAAUGCAGAGGGGAAGACCUCCAGUCUAUAAGCCCAGGAAGCCGUCUUCGAACUCAGGAGAAGGCUCACCCCGAGGUGGCCGAGGCUGGAGUUGGGUGCCCCUUUGCAGGUGUCGGCUGCUCCUUCAAGGGAAGCCCACAGUCUGUGCAAGAGCAUGAGGUCACCUCCCAGACCUCCCACCUAAACCUGCUGCUGGGGUUCAUGAAACAGUGGAAGGCCCGGCUGGGCUGUGGCCUGGAGUCUGGGCCCAUGGCCCUGGAGCAGAACCUGUCAGACCUGCAGCUGCAGGCAGCCGUGGAAGUGGCGGGGGACCUGGAGGUCGAUUGCUACCGGGCACCCUGCUCCGAGAGCCAGGAGGAGCUGGCCCUGCAGCACUUCAUGAAGGAGAAGCUUCUGGCUGAGCUGGAGGGGAAGCUGCGUGUGUUUGAGAAUAUUGUUGCUGUUCUCAACAAGGAGGUGGAGGCCUCCCACCUGGCCCUGGCCACCUCCAUCCACCAGAGCCAGCUGGACCGUGAGCGCAUCCUGAGCUUGGAGCAGAGGGUGGUGGAGCUGCAGCAGACCCUGGCCCAGAAAGACCAGGCCCUGGGCAAGCUGGAGCAGAGCUUGCGCCUCAUGGAGGAGGCCUCCUUCGAUGGCACCUUCCUGUGGAAGAUCACCAACGUCACCAGGCGGUGCCAUGAGUCGGCCUGUGGCAGGACCGUCAGCCUCUUCUCCCCAGCCUUCUACACUGCCAAGUAUGGCUACAAGUUGUGCCUGCGGCUGUACCUGAAUGGAGAUGGCACUGGAAAGAGGACCCACCUGUCGCUCUUCAUCGUGCUCAUGCGAGGGGAGUAUGAUGCGCUGCUGCCGUGGCCUUUCCGGAACAAGGUCACCUUCAUGCUGCUGGACCAGAACAACCGUGAGCACGCCAUUGACGCCUUCCGGCCUGACCUAAGCUCAGCAUCCUUCCAGAGGCCCCAGAGUGAAACCAAUGUGGCCAGUGGCUGCCCACUCUUCUUUCCCCUCAGCAAACUGCAGUCACCCAAGCACGCCUAUGUGAAGGACGACACGAUGUUUCUCAAGUGCAUUGUGGAGACCAGCACUUAGGGUGGGCGGGGCUCCUGAGGGAGCUCCAACUCAGACAGGAGCUAGCCAGAGGACUGUGAUGCCCUGCCCUUGGCACCCAAGACCUCAGGGCACAAAGAUGGGAGAAGGCUGGCACGAUCCAAGCAAGACUGAGGGGUCGACUUCGGGCUGGCCAUCCGGUUAGGAUGGCAGGACGUGGGCUGGGCCCACAAAGGCAAAGGGUCCAGAAAGAGACAGGCAGAGCUGCUCCCCUCUGCACAGACCAUGCGGCACCGGGAGGCCAGUGAGCCACUCCAGCCCCGAAUGUUGAGGUGGACUCUCACCAAAUGGGAAGAAAAUGGAACCAGGCCUGGAACUGUAGGACCCAAUCAGAGAAGCUCUCGGGCUAGGAAGAUCUCUGCAGGGCCUCCAGGGAGACCUGGACACAGGCCUGCCCUCUUUUUCUCCAGGGUCAGAAACAGGACCGGGUGGAAGGGAUGGGGUGCCAGUUUGAAUGUAGUCUGUCCAGGCUCGUCACUGGAGGUGAACAAGCAAACCCAGAGGGCUCCACUAGGACUUCAAAUUGGGGGUUGGAUUUGAAGACUUUUAAGGUUCCUUCCAGCCCAGAAAGUCUCUCAUUCUAGGCCUCCUGGCCCAGGUGAGUCCUAGAGCUACAGGGGUUCUGGAAACAUUCAGGAGCUUCCUGUCCUCCCAGCUCCUCACUCAUCUUCAGUAACCCCCACUGGAUUGACCUGGUCCACAGGGCACCUGCCACCCUGGGCCUGGCAGCUCAGCUUCCCCAACACACAGGAGCACACCCAGCCCCCGCAUCCUGUGCCUCCAUCAGCUAAACGCCACGUCACUUCAUGCAGGUGAAACCCAGUCACUGUGAGCUCCCAGGUGCAGCCGGAGGCACCUCAAGAAGAAGAGGAGCAUAAACUUUCCUCUUCCUGCUUGGAGGCCCCACCUUUGGUGCUUUCCAGAAUCCCGUAACACCUGAUUAACUGAGGCAUCCACUUCUCUCAGCAGACUGAUCAGGACCUCCAAGCCACUGAGCAAUGUAUAACCCCAAAGAAAUAAUUUUUAGAAUCUCUUUUGAAGUUUUCCUAAAGUGUAUGGUUUGGGAGUUGUUUGUACUGAGCCAGGUUUGAAAAGGCCAUUGCUGAGUUUGAGGUGGUGCCACCAGUUUUUCGGGUGGCAUCAGAGGCUGGCAUGCUGGCAGGAACAUCCCCUCUUAGCCCCAGUCUUCUCUUUUCUAUAAUGAGACCCACCCCAGCUUGCCUCCCUCUCUGGUUUCUCUGACCCUCAAAGGAGAUGCUACACAGGACAGACUGGAGAGAGAAGCCUGGGCAAUACUGCCCGCCUGUCAUGGCCUGGUGGUGGCCCACACCUAUCUUCUCACCUUGGAGGCCACACCCAACUUUCCAGAGACCCUGAGACAAGUCAGGACCCUACUACUCUCCCCUGCUGCUUUCCUGACAGCUUACUCUUCCUCCACCUGCUGAGCCUGUGCUAGACUCCACUCCUCAAAUCGUUAGGGUUGCUUCUGUAAAAAUGGGUCAGUAGCCCUUCCUGUUCUCUCCAGCCCAGCAUACAGGAGGAUCAAAGGAGGUGAGGGAGCACUGUGGCAUGGCAGACUCAAUGGGUCAGAAACCCAGGCCAGCUGGGCUCUAAGCCUGGCAUCCUGUCAUGCUUAGCCCUUCAGCUGAAGAUCAGGGGAAGCCUCUCCCUUGCCCUGUCCAGCUCUAGGGGUUUUCAGGAGGCCCAACCGCAAUAAUGGAGCACUAGUGCUUUUAUGUGCAAUGGUGUCAUCCAUGCACGAUGGCAGGAAACAUUCUGGGGCUGCUUUUUCUUGUUCCCACGGCUGACAAUGUGGCAGCAGACACUGUGGAGGCAGUGGAGACUGACUUCUUCCUGCUGACAGCUGGAUGUCACACGUGAAGGUCUGGCCUAGCGAGUGAUGGGUCUAGGCCCUGAAACUGAUGUCCUAGCAAUAACCUCUUGAUCCCUGCUCACCGAGUGUUGAGCCCAAGGGGGAUCUGUAGAACAGGCCCCCAUGAGAAACAGCUGUUACUCUACACUUUUGAUUGCCUAUUUCUGAUGGCAAGAAAUACAUAGUCUCUUCAAAGAGCA